GGACAGGGAUGGGCAGGGCUGGGGACAGAAAUGACGAGGGCAGGGGACAGGGAUGGAGUGGACGGGGACAGGGAUGAGCGGCACGGGCGACAGGAAUGGGCAGGGCGGGGGACAGGGUGAGUGGCGCAGGGGACAGGAGUGAGAGGAGCUGGGACAAGGAUGGACGGGGCUGGGGACAAGAAUGGGCAGGGCUGGGGACAGGAAUUAGUGGGAUGGGGACAGAAAUGAGAGCUGCUGGGGACAGGGACAACGGGACGGGGAUAAACGGGACAAAGAGGACAGGGAUGAAAGGAAUGAGGAUGAGCAGGGCUGGGGACAGCGAUGGGUGGCACAGGGGACAGGGAUAAACGGGACAAAGGGGACAGGGAUGAGUGGCGCAGGGGACAAAGGAUGAGUGGGGCGAGGGACAGGGACAAACGGGACAGGGAUAAACGGGACAAAGGGGACAGGAAUGAGUGGCACAGGGGGACAGGGAUGAGUGGCACGGGAAUGAAUGGCACGGGGAUAAACGGGACAAAGGGGACAGGAAUGAGUGGCACAGUGGACAGGGAUCAACAGGACAGGGACAAACAGGACAGGCGACAGCGCCAGCAGGACGAGGAGGCUGCGGGGACACAGCGGGGUCGGUGGCGGCCCCGGGCGCUCUCGGGACGGGCAGCGCGGCUGGAAGUCGCCUUCUCUGGCGUGGGGCCUGACUGGGACGAGCCGUGGUGUCCCCGCGGGGCGGGUGACACUCAGUGUUCGCCAACACAGGUACGGCUGCAGCUGCUUCGGCGGGAGCUGGGGGUGCCGGGCGGGCACGGCCGCGGCUCCGCGGGCGCGGAGCGGGCACCGCCAUCGCCUCCUCCGUCCCGAGAGGAGGAGGAGGAGGAGGAGGAGGAGGAGGGGGGAGAGGAAGGCUCCUCCGAAAUGGCGAGAAGGCGUCCAGCUCUCCCGGUCCCAGAGCGAGCUUGGCGCGGAGCGGUUGCGCUCCGCGGGGUUUUCGGCCUCUCGCGGCGAGAGGCGGCCGCGGGCGGGUCUCCCUCUCUCGGGGGGUGCCCCAAAAAACAGCUGCGGAACGGGGCGGAGACCCGGGGACACCCGGCGGGGAUGGCGCCGGGCUGCCCGCGCUCAGGCCACCACUGUCACCUUCCAGCGCGCGCCCGUGUGGCCUUGGCGGAGCGGGGGUGGCUCCGCGGGGGUGGCACCGGGUAGCGGUGCCACCGAGGGGACACCGAGGGCGCC